AUGUCUAGAUGCAGUAGAUAUACAGAUAUCGUUCUGCAGUCCUUGACACCAAUCUACUCUCGAUUCAUAUCACAGUUCUUGAUGAUGGAUCUGAAGCCCACUCUUCCUGCCCUGCUUAAUUUGUUAAGACAGGAGGAAAGUUCUAUGAAAAAGGGACAAACACCAGCCUUGGUUAUAGGGAAAUCUUCUUCCACUUCUAGCAAACUGGUUGCCAAGAAAAAGGGAAUGAAGAAAACUACUAAACCAAAGAAAUGUGUUAAGAAGGCUGUCAAGAAGGACAAAGGGAAGGUAAAAAUGACGACUACAGAAUGCUUCCAUUGUCACAGGUCAGGACACUGGAAAAGGAACUGUCCUGAAUUCCUAGCCUCACUCAAUAAGAAGAAGCAAGUUGUUGCUUCAUCUUCAGGGGUAUGUGUUGAAAACAACAGCACACUUACUGAAUAUGGUUCAAACUAA